AUGCCGCAUGCCACUAGUCAAGGUCAACAUGUCCAAUAUCAGAAUGUCCUCACUUCGAGAGCCAUCUACAAGUUAUCGGAUAUACUGGCAGGUGCAACCAUGACGCGACGACACUUGUUUACGCUGCCAGAUGAACUCGUUCUCGAGAUAGCUCAAUAUCUCUCGUCGCCGAGUCUGUCGGCUUUGGCUCGCACAUGUCACCGUGCAUACGACUUCCUCAACCCAGUCCUCUAUUCAGUGCCUCUUAAUCGGCUCAGCAGCGUCCUUGAAUGGGCGGAUUGCGUGGGGAAGCAACAGACCAUGCAUCGACUUCUCGACCACAACCUAGUCGGCGUAUUGAAGUUGAAACACAUUGCCCUUUGGUGCGCUUGCUCGGCUGGGUCCGUUGAGAUCGUGACACGGCUUUUGGACAGUGGUGUCCCUCCAGAUAUGCCCUGUGACUGUCACUCAACGCUUUCCGGCGUCGCGGGAGCCAAUCGUAAGCAGAUUAUUAUGAUACUUCUGUCUGCCGGCGCGGACUUGGCUAGGUACGACUUUCGCGAGGUUGGCGAGCUCGUUUCUGGUUGGGCCCCAGAGGACCGGGACGUCCCUCGAGCUCUUGUGCAACAUGGACUAGAUAUUCAUCUUGUUGGCUCUAGCGGCGAUAAUCUACUGCACUGGGCGGUCAGGCAAAACCUGCCAAUCGCGGACAUUGCUUUCCUUCUGGACGAGGGGGUCGACAUCAACCAUCGCAAUGUCAACGGCCGUACUCCACUCGCUGCCGCGAUCGCUUACGACGACAGCUCUCUGACCGAGAAGCCGGAUAUAGUGGAGCUGCUGCUACAGCGAGGAGCAAAAACCGACCUUUCAGACAACCAGUCCUACCAUCCCCUGCAUUAUGCGGCUGUAAACGCGAAACUAUGGGCUGUACGACUGUUGCUGCAAUAUGGCGCUGAUCUUGAGGCUCGGACUUCCUACGGCUCCACGCCGCUUUACCUGGCCUGUGGCGUCUACUCGCAAGGUGAGAAGGUCAUCAAAGCCCUGCUGGACGCUGGAGCAUCUCCGGCCGCUCAGGUAACAGGAGACCAUGGGGAGAACCAGACGCCGAUGCACCUAGCCUUAGUGAGGCGCGACCCAAUCCGCCGCGGCAUCCUCGUACGGUACCUGUUUGACGCCUGGAUGGCCAUGUCUCCGGCAUUGCCGUCCGCAGAUGUUUUCUUUGUCGCCGCGGCGGCAUUGGGAGAAGUGGCCGUUUUGCAGAAACUGAUCGACUCCAAGACUGUGAACAUUGAGGGAGCGGAUGGGGAAAUAACGGCGCUGAUGGCUGCAGCGGGGGCCGGUCAAGAUAAGGUUGUUGAGCUUCUCCUACCACUCGUGGCAAACGUAGAUGUGGGAGACGGACUAAGUAGCACGGCUUUACAUCACGCCGUGCGCUCCGGAACCGAGACCUCUAUUCAACUUCUUCUCCCACGAUCGUCGAGGGCUUGGGCUCCUUGGAAAUCUCCUGUAAUACUMAUCACGGACGCAAUAGUGUACCAGCAAUCACCCGAAGUCCUUCGUAGUCUGCUCAGAUGGAGACGGCAACGGUAUCCACAACAUUCGAUCGUUUGGAAAGCAGUGCUCGAAUACCUCUUCAAUGCUGACAUCGGUGACAAGGCUCGUAUUAUGUUCGAAUACAUGGAGCCGUCUGAUUUACAACCUGGAGCACACAUGGUGCCGCUCAUGUUCUUCAUUUGCAAGGAUUGCAUUGACAUUGCGCUGGAAAUCAUCCAGCAAGGGAUCGGGCUGGAGGGUCGUGUCGGGGACUGGACACCGUUAUGGAUGGCCGCUUCCAAAGGUGAAGUGGCCGUCGUCCGAGCGCUUGUCGACGCAGGGGUCGAUUUGGAGGUGCGAUCAGAUAAGGACGCGAGGACAGCGCUAUCUCUGGCCGUUGUCAACAAUCACAGUGAAGUCGCCCAGUGUUUGCUGGCAGCUGGGGCAAAUACGGAUGUACCUGCAGGUGACCCGGCUGGGAGAUCGGUUUUUCUACACGCCGUGUUUCAUGGAUACCUGGACAUUGUGCGCUCGCUGCUUGCUGCUAACGUGGAUGUCAAUUGCUGCGGUGGAGACAACAACUAUACGGCGUUAACUUGGGCUGUUCAGGGGGGCAGUUUUGAGGUGGUACGUCUGCUUCUAGCCCAUGGCGCCAAGGGGCAGCUGGAGCGCAGUGGCAAGGAUGCUUUAUACUGGGCGAUGCAUGACGGACAUGAACGUAUCGCUGCCCUCCUGGUAGAUGCAGGAGCUCCGGUUGACGAGAUCGAUCGCUAUGGCCGUACGAUUCUUUCACAGGCUGUCAGUCGAGGGAAGACGGCCAUCGUCAAGAUCCUGCUCGACGAAGGGGUGAGGGUCAAUUUGCCUGAUCGACAUGGACGCACCCCAUUCCUUAUGGCGGCCUGUCGAGGACACACUGAGAUUGCUCGGCUGCUGCUAGAAAAAGGAGCAGACAUGCAUGAGAAGGACUAUUUUGGUCGCUCGGCGCUGUCACUCGCUGCCGAUCAAGGACACGUCGAGAUGGUCAGAUGGCUCAUAGAGCAAGGGGCGGAUAUAAAUGAAGGCGAUCGUAUCGGUCGAACGCCGUUGUCCUGGGCAAUGCAAAUGGACUCAACCGAGGCGGUUGAAGCACUGGUGUUGGCUGGUUGCGAUGUCCUCAAACCGGACCAUUAUGGACGAACGCCGUUGCACUGGGCUUCCAGUGACGGAUGCAUCGCAAAGCUCUAUAGAAUAUAG